AUGCAUAAAACGACAUCAGACGGGGAAUACGGGCAGAUAGGCUUAGUAAAUAAAAGAAGCAAUAACAACAACAACAGCAGCAGCAGCAGCAGUAGCAGCAACGCUUUUUUAAAUAAAACAACGCAAACAUCUUAUGAACUUUUUGAAGGUUAUAAUGAGAAAUUAUUAGAAUUUGCCGCAAUCGCCUGUACCGUAUUCCUAGUUAUAGGCGUGCCGGGUAAUAUACUAACCAUAAUAGCGUUGACCAAAGGAAAACAGAAUCGCAACGCUACCGCAAUUUUCAUAAUCAAUUUAUCAAUAUCGGAUUUAUUAUUCGGUUGCUUUAAUUUACCCCUGGCCGCUUCGACCUUUUUUCGACGGACUUGGGCACAUGGAGAUCUGUUAUGCCGUUUGCUACCAUUGCUACGUUACGGUCUAUUAGCAGUUUCGCUAUUCACAGUAUCACUGAUAACAAUAAAUCGUUACGUAAUUAUUGCACAUCCAAGACAAUAUACCCGAAUAUAUCAACGGCGCUAUUUGACCUUUAUGGUGAUGGGUGCUUGGUUAAUGGCCUUCUCAAUAAUGGUGCCUACUUGGCGCGGAGUAUGGGGUAAAUUUGGUCUCGAUAUAAACAUUGGCUCUUGUUCUAUACUUCCCGAUCGGAAUGGUCGUUCACCAAAAGUGAUUCUAUUCCUUUUAGCAUUUUUGGUGCCCUGCAUUUGUAUUGUCUUUUGUUAUGCUCGGAUUUUCUAUUUAGUACGAAAAGCAGCGUUUCGUACUCGAGAGCCCGCGACAUCACCUAAACAUCGAAUCUCACAUGCUACCGAACCAAUAAUAAUAAAUCCAAUAAGGCAUCAAACGUAUGCGUGCGAUACAGUGAAUGAUGAAAAUCGAAAACCGUUCACUGUUAACGAAGACUUGGAAUACAUUGAUGUUAAUUAUUCUUUUGAAGAUCUACCCAUAUCUUAUGAACAAAUUAGUCAUGAAAAUUGCGUAAGCAAUUUACAAUCAAAGGCAAUCAAUAACUUGCAGGCAAUCACAAAAACUAAGGAAAAUUUUAUUAAUCCAAGUCCAGUUAAAGAGCCGGAAAACUUACUAGGACAGCUCUGUGUUCGCAAACCAUCUGUAAAGAACUCUGCUACACGAUUCAGUUCACGUAAGAAUCAUUAUGUUGCUAUGGGUAACACUUCAAACGCAUCGUCUAUCUACCCGGGACGUAUGGGCCAAAAGGAUCGACGCCUUUUAAAAAUGAUUUUUGUUAUAUUUAUCUCAUUUGUUAUCUGUUAUCUGCCAAUAACGAUUACGAAAAUCUGGGAAGGAGGCAGAAGAAAUCAUCUCUUCAAUAUUAGCGGUUAUCUUCUCGUGUAUCUUACAACUUGCAUUAAUCCCAUCAUUUAUGUAAUGAUGUCGUCCGAAUAUAGAGAGGCUUAUUGGAAUUUAUUGAGAUGCCGAUGCAAAAGGUCAAAACAUAAACGAUUUCAAAAGCCCAUUUAA